AUGACUGUAAUGCAAGCAAUAUGUCAGAUUGCAUGCCCUUCUCCAAAAAAAUACUUCAACUGCUCCAUUGCAGACGUAGGAGAUGUUGGACUGCAGUGUGGGCGAACUUGUUUAAAUCUUGACAAUGAAUGUGAUGCCACUGAGUGUAAAUCUGGCUGUCUCUGUCCCAGAGGCCUCGUCGAUGAUGGUAAAGGUUCCUGUGUAAAACAAAAUGAAUGUCCAUGUCAGCAUGGCGAGAAACUUUAUUCCAGUGGAGACAAAAUUGAUGUGAAAUGCAACACCUGUACCUGCAGAAGUGGCAAAUGGGAGUGCACAAGCAAUAAAUGUCCAGGAACAUGCAUUAUUACUGGAAGUAGACACUACAUUACAUUUGAUCAGAAAGCAUAUGAGUUUCAAGGACUGUGUCCCUAUGUUGCUGUCAUGAAUAACUGCGACAAUAAAACAGCUGAAGAGAACUUUAGAAUUAUCUUAGAAAAUGUGAUGUGUGAAUCUUCAAACACCAUAUGUUCCCGAAAGAUCAAGAUCCAGCUGGGGAGAAAAGAAAUCACACUAUCAAAGGAUAAAUAUGAAGAGGAUGAAAGUUUUCAAAAUGAUAAUGAGAUCUGGUACACCAAAAGAAAGUUUGGUUUCUAUCUGUUCAUUGAAUUUAACAUUGGUCUGACAUUUGUAUGGGACCACAAAACAAAUCUUCACAUCCACCUGGAACCACAGCACAGUGGGAAGGUGUGUGGCCAAUGUGGAGAUUUUGAUGGUAAUGCACAGAAUGACUUCACCACCCAGGGUCAGCUGAUAGUGAACAAUCCUCUAGAAUUUGCAAACAGCUGGAAAGCAUCCAGCAAUUGCCCAGAUGUGAAAACUAAUCUUGACACUUGUACAUCAACAUCCAGACUAACCUGGGCAAGAAGAAAGUGUAAUAUUAUAAAAGAGCCAGGAUUCAAAGAGUGCCAUAAUAAGAUAGAUCCUCAUCAAUAUUAUGAAAACUGUGUCAGAGAGACAUGUGGCUGCGACACUGGCGGAGACUGUGAGUGUUUCUGCACAGCGGUUAAAAAUUAUGCUCAGGCGUGUGCUGAGGCGGGUGCUUGUGUUGCAUGGAGAACUCCAGAGAUCUGUCCUGUGUUUUGUGAUUACUACAAUAAACCAGGUGAAUGUACAUGGCACUAUGAAUAUUGCCCCCACCACACAUUUUGCAGGACCUGUAAAUAUACAGAAAGAAAUUGUACCAAAUUCAUAUCCUCGCUAGAAGGUUGUUACCCUAAAUGCCCAGAAGACAAGCCCAUAUUUGAUGAGGAUACAAACAUGUGUGUGCCUGAUUGUAUACCAAGUUCAACAACAACUCAAUCUACUAAUACAACUGUAACAACAACCCCAAUAACUACAACAACUCAAUCUACAACUACCACUGAAACACCUACUACUAUAACUACAAUAUCUACAACAACACCAACUCAGUCUACACCUACAACAAUUGUAACAUCUACAACAACACCAACUCCAUCUACAACUACAGCUUUAACAACAACCCCAAUAACUACAACGACAACUCAAUCUACAACUACAACUGAAAUACCAACUACUGCAAGUACAAUAUCUACAACUACACCAACUCAGUCUACAACUACAACUGUAACAACAACCCCAACAACUACAACAACAACUCAAUCUACAACUACAACUGAAACACCAACUACUAUAAGUACGAUAUCUACAACAAUACCAACUCAAUCUACAACUACAACUGAAACAACAACAACAACUCAUUUAUGCACUUCGGUUAUAAUCAAGAAUAGUCAAGAAUACUGUAGUUGGACAAAGUGGUAUAAUGUGGAUAACCCUUACAAGGAACUCAGUAAAAGUGACAUUGAAACAUAUGACAAAAUAAGAAGACAGGAUGAAGAAUUUUGUGAAGAUAUCAGAGAUAUUGAGUGCAGGUCAGCUGAAGAACCUGACAUGAGCUUAAAAGAGUAUCUAAACACACUCAGAGUGAAACAAGUUGUUAAGUGUGAUCUUAAGGUUGGUUUAAUAUGUAAAAAAGAGGAUCAGCCUAUCAAUCCAGGUAAAUGCUAUGACUACAUGAUCAGGGUAUAUUGUUGUAAAAAAAAUACUGAACAUAUUGUCUCAGAAUGUAAUACACCUACAACUGAAACAACAACCACGACAACUACAACAACUCAGUCUACAACUACAACUGUAACAACAACCCCAAUAACUACAACAACUCAGUCUACAACUACAACUGUAACAACAACCCCAACAACCACAACAACUCAGUCUACAACUACCACUGAAACACCUACUACUACAACUACAAUAUCUACAACAACACCAACUCAGUCUACACCUACAACUGAAACAACAGCCACGACAACUACAACAACUCAAUCUACAACUACAACUUUAACAACAACCCCAACAACUACAACAACAACUCAAUCUACAACUACAACUGAAACAGCAACUACUGCAAGUACAAUAUCUACAACAACACCAACUCAGUCUACAACUACAACUGUAACAACAACCCCAACAACUACAACAACAACUCAAUCUACAAUUACAACUGAAACAUCAACUACUGCAAGUACGACAUCUACAACAACACCAACUCAGUCUACACCUACAACUGAAACAACAACCACGACAACUACAACAACUCAAUAUAUAACUACAACUGUAACAGCAACCCCAACAACUACAACAACAACUCAAUCUACAACUACAACUGAAACAUCAACUACUGCAAGUACAACUGUAACAACAACCCCAACUCAGUCUACAACUACAACUGUAACAACAACCCCAACAACUACAACUACAACUCAAUCUACAACUACAACUGAAACAGCAACUACUGCAAGUACAAUAUCUACAACAACACCAACUCAGUCUACAACUACAACUUCUACAACUACAACAAUUGUAACAUCUACAACAACACCAACUCCAUCUACAACUACAACUGUAUCAACAACCCCAACAACUACAACAACAACUCAAUCUACAACUACAACUGAAACAUCAACUACUGCAAGUACAAUAUCUGCAACAACAACAACUCAGUCUACAACUACAACUUUAACAACAACCCCAACAACUACAACUACAAUAUCUAUAACAAUACCAACUCAGUCUACGACUGCAACUGUUACAACAACCCCAACAACAACAACCCAAUCUACAACUAUGGCUGAAACACCAACUACUGAAAGCACUGUAUCUCCAACAACACCAACUCAAUCUACAACUACACCUGAAACACCAACUACAAAAUCUACAACAACACCAACUUCAACCACUACAACUAAAACACCAACUACUGCAACAACAAUAUCUACAACACCAACUCAGUCUACAACUACAACAACCAUAACAUCUACAACUACACCAACUCCAUCUACAACUACAACUGCAACACCAACUACAACGAUAACAUCUACAACAACUUCAUCUACAACUGAAACACCAACUACUACAAACAUGAUAUCUACAUCAACACCAACUCAGUCUACAACUACAACUGUAACAACAACCCCAACAACUACAACAAUUCAGUCUACAACUACCACUGAAACACCUAUUACUACAACUACAAUAUCUACAACAACACCAACUCAGUCUACAACUACAACUGAAACAACAGCCACGACAACUACAACAACUCAAUCUGCAACUACAACUGAAACAGCAACUACUGCAAGUACAAUAUCUACAACAACACCAACUCAGUCUACAACUACAACUGUAACAACAACCCCAACAACUACAACAACAACUCAAUCUACAACUACAACUGAAACAUCAACUACUGCAAGUACAACUGUAACAACAACCCCAACUCAGUCUACAACUACAACUGUAACAACAACCCCAACAACUACAACAACAACUCAAUCUACAACUACAACUGAAACAUCAACUACUGCAAGUACAACUGAAACAACAACCCCAACAACUACAACAACUCAAUCUAUAACCACAACUGUAACAACAACCCCAACAACACCAACUCAAUCUACAACUACAACUGAGACAUCAACUACUGCAAGUACAAUAUCUGCAACAACAACAACUCAGUCUACAACUGCAACUGUAACAACAACCCCAACAACUACAACAACAACUCAAUCUACAACUAUGACUGAAACACCAAUUACUGAAAGCACUGUAUCUCCAACAACAACUCAAUCUACAUCUACACCUGAAACACCAACUACAAAAUCUACAACAACACCAACUUCAACCACUACAACUGAAACACCAACUACUUCAACAACAAUAUCUACAACACCAACUCAGUCUACAACUACAACAACCAUAACAUCUACAUCAACACCAACUCCAUCUACAACUACAACUUACGAUAUCUACAACAACACCAACUCAGUCUACAACUACAACUGUAACAAGAACCCCAACAACUACAACAACAACUCAAUCUACAACUACAACUGA